CAAAUAUGCUCAGAAUUGAUUCCAUUCCAUUCCAUUCAUGGUAGCUAACUAGGAAUCAAUAAUGUCGACCAGCGAGGCGACGUCUUCUCCAAUUAAGCAUAUAAAUCAUCAUCAUCAUCAUCUUCUUUACUUGUAUACAUACACCAGAUCCGAUUGAGGAAGUCCAUCCGCCGCUCAUCAUCAUCAUCUAAUGGGCCAAUCUCUCAACAAACAAUCUUCAGGAAGUGGCGGUGGUGGCGGGGAAAUAAUCAAAGGAAAUGAAAUCGUUUCCAUAAUAAAGAAAUGCUACGACGAACAGUUAUUGGCUGAUUUCGGCAAAGAGGAUGUUGCAGAGUUCUAUCAUGCCGUCUCCCACACCAUCCAAGAAAUUAACAAAAACAUAGGCACAACUCAGAUUCGCGUUCCCGAUAUUGCGUCGCUUCAGCAAAUCUAUGAGAAACAUCAUCAAGGAAACGGUGAUCGAGCGGUAACGAAUGAAGAAUUUGAGAAUAUCCUAAAGGAUGUAAUAUUGAAAUCUGGAAUCAGUGGAAUUAGAGCCGGAGCCAAAGAUUUUCUCAUGUUCAUCUUCGGUGUGCCUGCAACAACUCUGUUUAUCAAGCAACGAAUAGCGCCUACAGCCAUCCCUAAUUCCAUCUUCAUCCCUUUAGUCACCUCUGCUACUGUUUUUGUUCUUGCCAAGCUUAAUAAGAUAUGAAUUUACACUACUUUAUUUCCAAACUUGUGUAUUUGUUGCUUUGUUAAAUAAAUGAU